AUGCUAAAAUUUUCAGUGGGAAUAAUAUGUUAUUAUAUUCUGUACUGUUUAUAUUACGUUUAUCAAAAUGUAAGAACACCUGUGUAUGAUUACACAAAAGGUGGGGAAAAGGGCACAAAAGGACAGGAAAAUGUGAAUUUAGAUCAGAAAUAUAUAUUUAAACCUUUUAAAAACUUUUUAAAAAAAAAUGAUAAAAUAGAUUACCAUUUAUACAUGUCAUGUGAAGAAAAUAUAGACUUAAACCAAUACGAGAAUGAAAAAGAAAAAUACCUCAAAAAAAAUAAAAAUUUUAUUAACGUUCAUAAAUUUACCAACAUUUCCUAUGAUUGGAAUUACAACCACGUUAAUGAACAGAAUAAAUGGUGGAGUUUCUUUACGAAAAAUAAGUACCCAUCUGUCAAUUUAACUAUUCCAAGAAGGUUAAUCAAAAUGAACAAAAACAUUUAUCUACACAUAAUAACAUAUGUGAAUGACGAAUUGUAUAGACAUGGAUCUCUCACAAGUUUAAUAACCAAGAGAAGGCGGAUGAAGAGCAAAUCUACCCAUAAUGAAAAAUACGUAUGGGAACAUGUUUUUGGUGAAGAAGAAUAUGAUAACGAUUAUGAUGAGGAGAGAAGUGAAGAUGGAGGAGAAGAUGUCGAUGAAGAUGGGGGUCAAGAUGGCGGAGAAGAUAGCGAUGAAGAUGGUGAUGAAAAUGACGAAGUCGAUAGCUACGAAAAAGAGGAAGAUGAAGAAGAUGCAGCAGAUGAAGAAAACAGGACAAAUAAGGAAAAUGAGGAAGGCCAUAACAAGUCAAGCAAACGAAAUGAAAACGAGGAUGAGGAGGAGGAGGAGGAAGAAGAAGAAGAAACAGAGGUAGACGAAGAGAAGAAUAACAAAAUAACUGAAGGGACCCAAGAGGGAAGGAAAAAAGCACAUAAAAAAAAAGUUAAAGUGAAAAAAAUAAAACGUAAGAAUUAUUACAUUCCCAAAAAAUUAAAGUUUGGUCCAAUUGUAGAAUAUAACGAUAUAAAUAUAAAUAAAAUUGGAUUUUUCUCUAACAUAUUUUUGGACAAAUCAAGGAGUGAGUAUUUACUUCCAACCUAUUUUAAUAAUCAUCUAACACCUGAAGAUGAAUACGAAUUACUUUUAAACGGAAUGGAGGAAGAGAAUGGAAAUGAGUGGUAUGAAAGAAAAAAAAAAAAAAAAAAAUUCCAUCAAAAUACUUCCAAGAGUAUAAAUAUGAACAAUAGCAAAUAUGAAAACGAAAAUGAAAUCGAAAUCGAAUAUUCCCCAAUCAGUUAUCCUCAUUUUAAUCUGUUCAAUAUAAUAAUAUUUAACAUAAAUUAUGUGAAGGACAAAUAUAAAAUUACUUCAUACGAUUUAGAUAGUGUAGUAAUACAUCUUUGUGGUAAUAUUUACACGUGUCUUAUUAUAUGUAUUCUUUGUCUCAUCCAUUUGAUAAUAGAUUUAAUAGCUCUACUGUUUGAUAUAACAAGUUGGAAUAAGCUCAAUAAUUUAUAUUCCUUUUCAACUAAUGCUAUUCAUUUAAAAUUUUUAUUUAAUUUAUUCAUAUUUUUAUAUUUAAAAAAUAAAAACAAGUGUAAAAUUAUCAUGAUCUUUUGUGCCGCCAAAAUCGCCAUAUGUCUAUGGAAGUUACUUGAUCAUUACGACGUGGAAAUUUUGGAAGAUUAUCCAUAUGUACAUAUUACAUGUAAUAGCACAAACGAUGAGACUAUCAAUGAUUGUAAUAACAAUGAAGACAAGGGUAACAAAGCAAGUGGAAAUAAGAAAUAUUCAAUUGUCGAAGAUAUUGAAAGAAAUUUUAAACUGAAAAUUGUGAAUGUAAUGAUCGGUACAGUUAUAGCCAUUUGUAUUUACAAUUUCAUGUUUAUUCAAUAUGAUUCCCUUUUUUCUUUCAUUAUUCACACAGUUGGAAUUUGUUCAUACAUUUUUAAUUUUCUUUUUAUGUGCCCACAGAUUGUCAGAAAUUAUUGCACGAAAACUGUACAACACACUCCCGUAUUUUUCUUUUUCUUCCUUUUCUUAUAUGCACUUAUGGAUGACUUAUUUGUCCUCAUUCUCCGCAUGCCUGAUGUGCACAAGUGGAAUGCUUUCGGAGAUGAUAUAAUUUUUCUUAUUUUUUUGGUGCAAUAUUGUUUGUAUAAAAAGGUGGAUUUCAAGGUAAUCCCAGCAGACAAGGCUGUUACAUCACACCAGGGUUCGAAAUCAUCUCGUGAGUCCAAAAAGAAGAAGUGA